AUGGCUGAUGAAUUGCAAGGAUGCGUCAACGAAGCUUUCGAAUUAUCAGAACAGGCAGAAAAUGAUUGCUCAAGCGAAGAGAAGACGAAUAAACAAGUAAGCGGACGAAAUCAAUCGGAAAUACCGUCCAAUCAAGCAAGUGAAGAAGGAAAUUGCAAUGAAAUACUGCCGUAUAAAAUUAUUGAACGCUCAACAACUUUAAGUAGCGAUGUUGCCGAAAGAUUGGAUUCUGUGGCAAAAGAUUUAGAGGAGACUGAUAAAGAUAGAAGACAGCUUGACACACAAAGGAGGUUGUCUAUUUCCAGCUCGAUUGACUUAAAUUACAAAUUCAAGGGGCCGAUAUACGAGAGUUACCAUGAAGGAAGAAAUGAGCGAAGGUCUUGGAUGCGGUUGUCAUUACGAGAAGAGACUCUAAAAGGGAAGCUG